AUGGUGACCAAAGAUCAAUCGGACUCAUCUUCGGGAGAAGGCUCUCCAGUGAGAAACCCCGAAGCUCAAAAUGGGAAUGAGCAGCCGGGGUUCUUCGGUAUGCUCAUCAAGUCGGUAUUCGAGCCUGGUGCGAAUGCAGCCGUAGUGAUGGCCAUGAACCUAUGUUUCUUCUUCCUCUUACUCACUUUAUUCGGUCUGGCGGUAUUGACUCAAUGGAACAAACAUGUAUUGUUAUUAUUGGGUGUGACCGCAUUACUAUGGGGCUCAAUGAUGUGGUUCGUGUUGGAAUUGACGAAAGUGCAAAGUCGUCCCGAUAACAUGCCUCCGGCUACACUCGAUUUGGAUCUUUCUGGCUCGCCUGCACCUGGACAGAACGAGGUGGAGCAGGAAAAGAAGAAAGAUCGAUAA